AUGGACACCACAGAAAAAUUACAGUCAAGAGCGCCAUCAAAAAACACAAAGAAUGAACCAUAUGGUUCGAACUGGAGAUUUCAGGAACACCAAUUGCCUUCUAAUUCCCCUUUAAAGAACAAUAAACAGAUCAUACCAAGCGUGUUUCCUAAUGUCUUCUCAGAUACCGAUUUUGACCAAAUCUCAAACAACGAAAUGGAUUUGAAGCGAUUGGAACCAAAUGCAAAGGAAUCCAUGGACCCUUCGGGUUAUCCCGACAUGUCCUCUUGGGAUUAUAUGAUGAAUGUCCCCAUCCGCGUCUACAAUGAGGCCGAAGGCAUAGACCCCUUUACCCUCGACAACAUUCAAGACUCUACCAUGGACAUGUCCCUAGAUCCAAUGUCUGCCGAAUAUGCUCAGGGCGGAAAUUUUGCCAGUGCGCCCUCAUCCUUGGGAAGCAAUCCCGCCUUUGUCACCACCCCGUCCAAUGGAUCAAACGAAAACAAUUCCCUUCCCACUAGCAAUGACCUCGACGUGCCCUUGUCCCCUCCGGCAAACGCCGAUUACAAUGCAGCAGCAACGCAAAACAUGGUCCCUCCUCCGCUAACUCCUUCCCUUCCUGCCGUCAACGAUUCCUCUUUUUCCAACAACCAGAUACAACUCCCGAGCCAAGUGAUGCCCGAUGGGACUGGCUCAAUUCCCGAUGUCGAUGGGAAUCCAUUUGAUAUGGAUCCCCCUUCUCUAGAAACUGGCUUGCUUUCCCCCCCUCAAAUGGCAAAAGGAUUUUCGAAAAAGGAUCCGGCCAUGCAACAUCAUCAUCACCACCAACAACAGAGGCAGCAGCCGCAACAGCAACAACAAAAACCUGCUCCUCCUGCUCCCGCCAUGUCAUCCUCACCCAUUGCACCAAAACAAGAGCAAGCUGCUGUCCCUUCUCUUCUUUCAUCCACCACCGGCAAGGAUUCAUCGAUGAUGCCAGUCAAGCAAGAAGAAUUCGGCUUGUCUCCCCAAAAAUAUCCUGGUCAAGCUCCUGCUCCGCCGAAUUUGUCUCAAGCUUUUCAAAUGUAUACCAUGAAUCAGAACCCUCCCAAACAGCCAAGCAUGUCGCUGAAUGGCGACGCCAUCCUAGAUUACAAUGCGUACCCCGUAACUGACACUUCUUUGGAUUAUCCCACCGUUCAGCGGUCACAGGCAUUGGCUCAAGCUGCAGACUCCUUAUUACCAUCCAAUCCCUCCGCCAAUGCAGAUUAUGGCUCAGAAGCUCUGGAUGGCGUCUCCGACAUGCUUCCUUCUCAAAUACAAGACCCUACCCAAUUCCCUCCUGAAUCCCUUCCAUCCCAUUCCAAUCGUACCUAUCCUAUUCCCAUCAAUAAUCCCUAUCGCCCGAAGCGCCCCUCCCUGGUCCUCGGUUCCAUGAAUUCCCUUUCUCCUACUCAACCGCCUGUUGUCGUUCCUUCCAAUACUACACUCAGCCCAUCCCCUACAUCUACUUCUCCCACGAAGAAUUCCUUCGCGAAUGGUGGAUUCGCUCCAUUUGAUGCUACAAAACCGCAAGUUUCUGCACAAGGGUCUGUGGUCGAGCCUCCUCCAGCUCCACCUUUAUCAAGUAUGUCUCCUACUGAAAAGAAGGAAGAUCAUCCAAUGGCAGCAGCUGCUAGUGUUGUUGCUCCUGGAGAGAAAGAAUCCAUUCCAGUUGACACUACCCCAACCCCAAGUGUAACUACUUCCGCUGGAACACAACGGAAGCGGAGAAAAUUCAAAUUUGGCAAACAGGCAGGCCCAGUGCGGUGCACAUUGCCAAAUCGUACUACAGGUGAAACCUGUAAUACUGUGUUUUCACGAACGUAUGAUUUAAUACGUCAUCAAGAUACAAUUCAUGCGAAAACUCGACCUGUUUUCCGUUGUGAAGUGUGUGGAGACCAGAGACAUUUCAGUCGCCAUGAUGCCCUUGUUCGACAUUUACGUGUGAAGCAUGGUAGGUAA